GAAGUCGCGGCGUUUUAGAAAAUGUAACCGGGUCGAAACUAAGAACGUUGGUUUCUCCAUUUACCAACGGUAAAAAAAUUCAUAUUUUGAAAAAACUCAACAAAAAUUUCGGUCACAUACAUUUUGAAACACGAGACGGUGCCGAAAAUUUUUAUGAAGCAUACAAAGAUGAUGGUAUGAAGGUUAACGACAACGGUCAAGAGAUGGAAUUGUGUUUUAGACCAUCUACUGUUUACAACGAUGGCGAAAAUAUCGAAAACGCUCGUACUGACAAACGCCGAUAUCAUGAUGAAAGAAUUGAAGGCUCUACUUCCGGUGCCGCAUUAAAGCGAAAUAAUACGGAAAUUUUAAUCGAAUUUCUAAAGAAUGACGGCGAAUUUAAAGAAUUAACUAUCAUUGAUGAUUUUUGUUUCGCAUCUCCAGGAUGA